AUGACUAUGAGGUUGACUUUACUUUCUUUAUUAAUCUUGAGCUUUGUGUCUUCAUACUUUUGUUACCUCGACGAAGAACUCGAGCUACCACUAUUAACGGAUGAAGUUUACUCUCAUUCUCCAACUAGUGCUGAAAACCGACUCAAGCAUUUAUAUUCAGGAGAAGGUUUUAGUGGAUCUUUGGUACCAACCCAAACCAAGAUAUACAACGGAAUUAUCAACACACUGUGUGAAAAGGUAGACCAACUUUUGGCGUCAGAAACCUCAACACCCAAAAGUGCAGGGCCAUCAAAUUGGAAGAUUUACUACGGGAUUGCUCCUAAGGUAUUCCAUCAAAACACCCAUAUCGACAAAUUAUGUGCACUAGUACAUGAAGUCGCCAGGCUAGGAUACGAGUUUACUUCGACAAUGUACUCUUCUGAGAACAUUGUACAUCAUUUAUUACCAUGUAUUAAUCUUGCGUAUAGUGCUCUCAAUCUUGAUUCAUUGGGAAUGAGGGAGAGGAUGUGGGUUGUGGGAGUCCUGUCGUGCCUCGAAUCUAGUAUUCCAAAGGAAAUGAUAUCUGGACUUUCUGGCAACAUACGUUUUUUUCGGGGGAAAUUUGAACUUUUAUUGUUGAGAGGCUGGCCCCUAGGACCUACGCUUGAGAAGAUGUGGCCGACGUCUCUUGAACUUAAGCAUUAUCCACCGUACUCUGUCUUGGAAGCACUCCUAAGGGUAUCAUUAGUAAAUUCAGUUCUUCAUCAGAUGCCAACAUCUAUCAAACCAUCACCAGGAUUUGAAGCAAUUUUACACUUGCUUCUAACUUUAAAGAUGCUCAUUAAGGAAUCAAAUGCAUUAGAUCUCACAAAGGACAUUGCAGCUCGACUGAAUGAGAUGCCCAGUUCACCAAGAAGUGCAGGUGUUUUUGAUGAAGGAAAGGUUUUGAUUCAAAUCUUAUUACAUUUGCAGGAGAACCACCUUCCCAGCAAGAUUCAUUUUCUUGAAUUGUGCAAAAACCACAGUAUGGCUCAAAGAGUUAUGGAGGUUGACAUAGGCCUUGAAGAUACAUUGUCACAGAAUUCCAAAGAUAUACUUCAGGGAUUACUGAUGGGAAUCAAGAAAAUGAAAACUGAUGAGAUCAUCCCAGCUCUGACCAAAGUUUUACAUGAAAACAAGACAAUACUUCAGUGCAGAAAGCUUCUCAGACUUCUUGACUUGGCAAACAGGCAGAAUUCACACUAUUUCUACAGCUUAGAUACAGUGCUUUCUGAUUCAAUAACACUGAGUCAAAGAAUUUCUUGGAUUUUAAAUGAGCAAUACCCAAACAAAAAUCAUCCCACUUUCUUCAGGUCUUUAGGUUCAGAAUUCCUGACUCUAUGCGCAAGAAAAACGGAAGAACUCACAUCAUUCAAUCGUAGGAAAGAAAUUGAGAAUAAACUAAUCUCAAAGGGGGUUUUGUUGCCUCAAAACAUUGAACCAUUUGAAAGAGUUUUGGCAUGGAAUUUUGAAGGGAACAGAAAACCAAAGCUGACAGAAUAUCUAGAAACAAUACAUUCCAAAAGAUCAUCAAGUAAAAAUCUUUGGGAUGCACUCCGUCCAACUGAUCCUAUAGUUGAAUAUGUUAUACACAUCAUCUGUCUUAAAAACAAAGAUGAACAGCUACUCGCAUGGCUCUCUCAUAGGAAUGGACCAGGAUUCAGACAGCUUUCCUUCAAGGAGUUUGACAUAAUCAACUUUUCACCCCUCACCAGAACAAGUUUUGAAUCUAGACUUCAAACAUUUGAAAAGUUUAACAUGCAUUCCAACAUUGACUUUAUCCUAGGAACUUGGUGA